AUGAAGGCACUCGGCGCUAGCUGGGCAUUGGUGACAGGCGCAAGCGAUGGUAUCGGAAAGUCAUUGUGCAACGAGUUGAGCAAACAUGGAUUCAACGUUGUACUACAUGGUCGCAAUGAAGCGAAACUCGCACGAGUGUGCGAGGAGCUCGAAAAAGCGCACCCGGAACGGCACUUUCGAACCGUCAUCGUUGAUGCAAGCACCUUCACACAGUCAGAUAUUAAUCGAAUCAUGGCACAAGUCUCAGACGUACCACUUUCGGUGCUGAUCAACAAUGUGGGCGGAACUGCGCCGCUGUCAUCCAACUUCAAGCAUUUCGAGUGCACCACACCCACCGAAAUGCAAAAACUGUUUUCGAUGAAUGUGCAGUUCCCAAUGCAGCUCACGCGCGCCAUCCUGCCUCGGUUCCUACUGCAGACAAAGCCCACCAUAAUCGUGACUUGUGGGAGUCAAGCCAACAUUGGUCAACCCUACGUCGCAGCCUACUCAGGUUGCAAGGGAGCAUUGCACGCCUGGAACCGAGCUUUGGCCGCCGAGCAAGCCGAAAUCAAGUCACAGGUCGAGGUUCUUGAGGUUGUAGUUGGUGGCACAUACACUCAGCAGCUACAAGCGGAUCCAAACAUGUCAGCCGGGCUUUUUAUGCCAACAGCUGAUGUCAUGGCUCGCGCAAUCUUGGCAAGAGUAGGCUACGGACAUCGGACUGUUACUCCCUACUUCUGGCAUCUCGUACAGACGAACAUGCUUUAUGCGUUGUUGCCUGCAACUACCGCUGACAGCAUUGUGGCUGGCAUUCUGAAGCCCAGUGUUGAACCGAAGGAGCCGGCGAAAUGA